AUGUUACCCGGCGUUCUUGCUCCUCCCGCAAUGUACCCAAACCUGUUCUCUUUUCCCCGGACUCUGCACUCGGCCUUUUCGGCGCCCUCCAGUUUCCUGGUGGAGGACCUGCUCCGGAUCAGCCGCGACACUUUCCCGCCUCCUCUACCGCAAUCACCUGUCACGGUGCGCGCGUCCAGCGGCUGCGACAGGAGCAGCUCCCCGCCACAGAUGACCUCUAUCACCAGCUCCAUCACCACCACCACCAACCCGACCAUCAACAGCCACAGUAACUCCAGCAGCCACACCAGUACCGAGCCCGGUUACCUCAAGUUCGGAGUCAACGCCAUCCUCGCACCGGACACCAGAAACGCAUCUUCUCCUCCCACGAUGCCCAGCACAAACCCCAAACACUUUCCCUUCCCUUACUUCGAUGGGUCAUUUCAUCCUUUCAUCAGAGCGGCCUACUUCCCUGCGUCAAAUUCAGUGGUGCCUAUCCCGGGAACCUUCUCAUGGCCGCUUCCGGCGAGAGGAAAGCCGAGGAGAGGUAUGCUGAGGAGGGCCGUGUUCUCUGAUGUCCAGCGCAAAGCCCUGGAGAAAAUGUUUCAGAAGCAGAAAUACAUCAGCAAGCCUGACAGGAAGAAGCUGGCUGCAAAACUCGGCCUGAAAGACUCUCAGGUCAAAAUAUGGUUCCAAAACCGAAGAAUGAAAUGGAGGAAUUGUAAAGAACGAGAGCUUUUGUCGUCCGGAGGAUGUCGAGAACAAACACUUCCAACGAAGACAAACCCCAACCCGGACCUCAGUGACGUUGCGAAAAAGUGUGAGACUGAUUUCGGGAAACAGAGCCCCUGCGAUUCCUUCUACCAUCCUCACAUAGAAAAUGGAUCGAUCUCAUCACACUCAGACUCGUCAGAUGAGGAAGAGAUCACCGUGUCGUGA